CUCGUGUAACCACACCCCGCGAAUCUAUGUAACUUCGUAACAUGAUUUGACUAAGACCGCCCAAAUCUACACGUAGUUAAGGUGGGCGUAAUUGUAAAUCUCAUUGUAUUGUCUGUCAGUACAAUACGCCCUUUUCACAUGACGUCACGCAUCUUCCGCUCUGCCGCGAAGCAGUGUAUCAUUACUUCCGCUAGCACUCCAGUUCAUAAGGUGGCGGUAAUGCACCUAUAAGCUGAUUUUCCAACCGCCAGUAAAACUCAAGAAGAAGAAGAAGUUACUUCCGCUAGCGCCUCAGAAUGGAGUUUACCAAGUGGCUUGCACAUCUGCCACAAAUAGGUAUGAUGUACAACGUCUUGCAGACAAAUUUUCGCUAACGACAAGAUCAAAGCUAGAGAAAGGAUACAAAUUCUUCGUUGAACAGUACCUGUUUGAUUAUGAAGGUGCUGUAAGCAACCAGUGGGAAAUUAAGAUGCCUCAAGAAAUCGAUGUAAUAAGCGGCUUCUGUGUUCAAAUCCCCUGCACGUUCGAGAUCCCAGAUUCAUUCACAAAAUACCUAAACAAAUCUGUUGAAGCGGUGUGGAAGAAAACAGACGCAAGCUUGGGAUCGACUGUGUUUAGUUCAAAAAGCGUUGCGUCUGUUCUAAAAGGCAGCGUAACCGGCAACCUAUUGAGUAAAAAUUGCACAACGGUGUUUCAAAACUUCCCUGCUGGAUCCAAUGAUACAUACUUCUUCAGACUUCAAGGUCCCGAGCCACUGAUUUACACAUUUCUGCAAGGCGUCAACAUCAAUGUGCAUGCAGACUUACUCGCUCCUAUGCUGAGCCCUCAUAUUGAUGUGCUGGAAGUUUCAGAGGGCAAGAAUGUGACCUUGACGUGCUCCACUGUACUGUCAUGCCCCUCACGACAGCCUGUGAUGCACUGGAGCGUAACUCUGGGGGGGAAGAUCGACCCCACCAUACAGGUGGAUGAAUUUGGACAGACGUUGUUGGUUUCCUCUCAAAUGUUCAAUGCAUCACCUCUAAAUGACGGGCUUAAGGUCUCCUGCUUCCUUGUGUACUCGCAGGAUAUCAGAAGACCGAUCGAGACCAGUAUUACCCUCAGAGUGUUGUAUACCCCCCAAAACACCAUAGCCCUGGCAAAUCCAUCAGGUCCAUUGUAUGAAGGCAACGUGGUGACGCUGAGCUGUCAGAGUGAUGCUAACCCUGCUGUCAAGCGCUAUGAGUGGUUUAAAGAAACUGGAAAUGGGGAGUUAGUGUUAAAGGCUCAAAAACAGACUUUGACAAUGACUGUGAGCAGUAAUGUUCUGGGUCUUUAUGUCUGCAAGGCUAACAACAUUCAUGGGGACGACCAGUCGACAGCUGUGACUGUCGAGUUAAAAGGUUGCCAGUGCACCAUAGCACCAUACAUCAUGUGUGGAGUUCUCACAGGUUUCCUAAUUCUCAUUACUGUUGUGGACUUGGUCAAAUAUAAAAGCUUGUUAAAGCGACUCAAGACCUGUGGCAGGAUAAAGGGUGGCUGUUUCUCAUUAUGCGUUCUUCAGCGGUCUUGUGUCCUCGUGUUGUCGCUUUACUAUGCGGGGUGGAUUAUACCGAAGGAGACAGUCGUGUACUUUGACGUACGGGAAAUGACACCGGACCGAUUGGCAUCAGACCGGUUAUAUUAAUUAACACUAAUAACAGAAGCGUUAGUUUUGCCUUUUUAUAUUGGACCUAAGUUGGAUAACAAAACAAGCAGAUUGACUAGGAGACAUUUGCAAGCAGGACUUCAAAGGACGUUUCAUAGAAGUGUUUUAGAGGUAUGCGCACACACACACAAUAUAGUGUAUUAUACAGAACAGCUUUCACAGUCGAUGUUAAAGUCAUGGAAGCUGUUAUUUGACCGUUGGUUAUCUUAGAAUGUGUGUAGCUGAAUUCUUAUUACCAGCUGUAGUACUGUGAUGAAAGUGAAAGUAAUUAAGUGCGCAGCUCAGUCAAAUGUUUACAAUCUCUGAUAACCAACACUACUCCAGCAGCUCUUCCUCUUCUCUAAGGAAGGCCUCGCCCCUUUUUUGGCAUAUUCCUUUGGGCGGUGGUUAUUCAAAAACUCGGAAUAGUGACAUCAUUUACCCGGGAAGUAUAGGGCUGUAGUCCGAUUCCAGCCAUUCUCUGUAGUCCUUGAAAAGCAAAUUCUGUUAAAGACAAUAUCUAGCUUGGCAUUGAACUUUGAGCUUUAUCAUUCUGCAGAUAUUGUUUAUGCUCUAACAGCAACAUUACACAGUAACUAAAGUUUGAAAAUUGGCAUCACGGGGAAUGGCCGCUUUAAGUAGCUGAUGAUAUGGAGCAGGGGUUCUCAACUCCACUUUCCUGCAACCCCUUUAACUCCAUUCUUGAUUAAACUCACCCACCUACAACUUUCUAUAAUAAUCCUAAAGACAUUGAUUGUCUACUGCAGGUGUGUUUGAUUAAAACUGUAGCAAACUCAAGAGGGACCUCAAGAGCCAGAGCUGAGAAAACUUGAUUUAUAAUUUGCUGUUCUCCUGCUGGGCUUUAUUGUAAAAAAUUAAAAAUAUGAAAUUUAUAUUGUUUAUACAUAUCCUGAUUUCUACCAUCACCAUUUAUACUUUUUGUAACCUCUUAUUUACCUAAAUAAAUAAACUACAUACGUGGAAACGAAGCAUGUUUGCUUCGAAGAACUUGUUCUCCAUGUUGUUGAAUUUUUUUUAAUUAAGUCAAAAUUGUUAGAAAAGACUCCUAAGACUAUAGCGAACAUGUUUAAUUUCUUGUGCUUCACUUCAAUUACUGUCUAAUUACUUCCAAUUACUGUAUAAGCAAUAUAUAAAUACAUCCCCUAAUGCAAAGUUUUAGAGUU